AGCUGAAUGAAAAGCUUUUCUUUGUCAACUUACUUGAAUUUAUUUUCAUAUUUUCAUUUUCAUAUUAAUUUUAGAUAAAAAUUAAAUUAAAUAAAAAUGUCAACUCGAAAAAGGCCACCACCGGGGCUCAGCCCCGAGCAAAAAAAAGCUCGAGAUAACAAAGCUCGUAGACGAUUUAAAGCAUAUGUUCGUCUUGUUAUGGCCAACCUUUUUUGGUUGGGGGACCUGGACGACAGUCUGGGGGAAAAUGUGAUGUUAAAUAUUCACAAGCUAACCAAGAAAAAGAUUAAGAAGAGCACUCUUACCACUAAAGAGAAGAUUAUUUUGUCAAAACCUAAAGAAGACCGAACUGAAGAAGAAAAACAUUUACUUAAUAGAGCUAUUGGAGGUCUAAAGGUUUUUAGAAGAUAUCCCCCAAAUGUAAAGAGUCAGUUAGCCGCUGUCACUUAUUUUGUCUAUAUUGGACCAGAUCGCGUUAUCGUCAAACAAGAUCAUGCUCCUUCAGCAAUGUAUUUUUUACUUUCUGGCGAAGGUGUUGUGACAGUAAGAACCUACGAUAAAAUGUUAAAAGAAUGGAUAGAAGAAGAACAUGGUACUGUUGGGCCAGGAACAAUGUUUGGCGAAGUCGCUUUAAUUCAUGGAAUUUCCAGAACUGCGACGAUAACAACAACCAUGCCUUGUGAACUUCUUAUGAUAAAGAAAGAAGACUUUAAUAUCGUCUUAAAAGAAACUGUGUGGAAAGCUUGGGAAGAGAGUACAAGGAUUAUUAACAGGUACUCUUACUUUAAAAAUUGGGAUACCGUAACAAAAAGAGAAUGCAGUAUUAUAUCCAGAACAAAAACUUAUUGUCCCGACGAAGUCGUAUUAGGAGAUAACAUUGGUUUACCAGCGUAUUCCUACCUUAUUACGAAAGGCACUUGUUCGAUAAUUGAACAUUUACAGGUUAUGGUUACAAAAAAAGACGGUAUAAAGCAUCACAAAUUGGUUAUUUUCGAAGGUGAAACAUGUGUGGUUGUACGUAAUAAGAAAUCUCAAAAAGGAAAAUGUUCCUCAAAAGGUAAAGGACUAUCGUCAAUAUUAGGCUUGAAGACUAAGUCGUCGCAGUUAGGGAUCCAACAGUCAUCUUCCGGAAAGUUAAACCAGUAUAGCAAUUCAGUUUUCGAAAUUAAUGAAAGUAACAUCGAAAAUCAUUUUAUGAAAGUAUGCGAGCUCUCAGAGGGAGCAAUUUUUAACAUUGGUGAAACUUUUGAGAGACGUCGAGUAGUGGCUCAAACGAACGUCAAUUGUUUACUGAUUCCGAGGUACUGGCUUAUAAAAAUGAACAAAGAUAAUAUUUGGAAUCGAGUACAGCAAUAUUUAAACAAAAACAUCCCGUCCACUCAAAAGAUAUAUCAAGAAUGGCUCAAAGAAAAGAAAUUCGUUGCUUAUAGAAAAAUGUUAGUACAGGAUAUUUUGGCCAAUAAAAGAGUAUCCAAUACCAAUUGCAUACAUAAUGUGCCAUAUAGCAUCAGAAUAAAAGAAAACGCUGAUUAAAUAUUUAUAAAAAAUAUUUAAAACAUUCUAAAUUUCAAUAAAUAAAUUAUUACUAAAAAAUUA